AUGGUUGCAGCAACUGCAAUAAUACUUGCAACAAUUAAAGUUGGUACUAUAAGAUACAAGUUCUAUAUGAAUAAUAACUCAUUUUAUUCAAUUAUACCUGAUGUUGCCUUGGAAUGUCUUCCAGUUUCCUUUAAAUAUGCUGGAAAGGGCCUCAAAUAUGUAAAUUAUUAUGUUCAAACAGAGCAUGUACUAGGAACAGCGUCCACAUUAUCAAGAACCUUAAAUAUUCUCGGAAAAGGAAUCAAAACUGCAAAUUAUUUUCAUUAUACGCUUGGAUAUGCAAAUUUAAUGCGCAACAGUCUUUUUAUAACAAAAAAUUUAAAUGAUUUUUACAAAAAUCGCGCAAAAAAUCCCAAUAAUUUCAAAGAUCCAUUUAUUAGAAUAAAUGAAACUUGUGAUGAAGAAUGCUAUCAGAGUAUAUUUCAAAAUGAGUCAUCUUUUGAUUAUAAUUUUACAAAUUCGUCAGAAACAGAUGCAUUAAAACUCAAUUUAUAUUUAGUAAACAAUGCAAUUUCACUUGGAACAUUAAGUUUGAUGAAUGCAAUAAAUACUACAGGAAAUUACUCCGAAUUAUCAGAACUGCUCACAGUCACUUUAAAUAAUAUUGAAGCUUUCAAACAAAUGGCUUUGUUGUUGAAUCAAACAAUUAAUGAUCAAGAAACAAAUCAAACAAAUACUGAAGAAGAUGAAAGUGAAAAAAGCUGGAUCGAUAAAGCUAAAGAUAAUAUAAAGGAAUCUUUUGAAGCAGCAAAAGAAUAUGCAGAUAAAGUAAUGGAUAAAUCUAAAGAAUUUGCAGAUAAAGCUAAAGAAAAUAUUAAUGAUUCUUAUGAAGCAGCAAAGGAAUAUGCAGAUAAAGCGAGAGAUAAAUCUAAAGAAUUUACAGAUAAAGCUAAAGAAAAAUCGAAAGAAUUUGCAGAUAAAGCUAAAGAAAAUAUAAAAGAAUCUUAUGAAGCAGCAAAAGAAUAUACAGAUAAAGCAAUGGAUAAAUCUAAAGAAUUUGCAGACAAAGCUAAGGAAAGCAUUAAAGAAUCUUAUGAAGCAGCAAAAAAAUAUGCAGAUAAAGUAAUGGAUAAAUCUAAAGAAUUUGCAGAUAAAGCAUUUUCUUCAGUAAAAAAAAUCGCAUAUAAAAUAUAA